CUAAGCUGAAUGAAUGGAUGUUUUGAUGCACUGAGGUGUCUUCUGCUCACAUCAGUCCAAAAUGACAUGAAGGUUUGAGCUCGUCACCGUCUGUAGCGCUGCUGUCGUCCACCAUUUCCCGCCUUUGCUGGUCAGGGUACCAUGGCAACCAGGAUGAAGCUGAAGCUGAAGACUGUGUUUGUGCUCUACUUCAUGGUCUCCCUGUUGGGCCUCAUCUAUGCACUGAUGCAGCUUGGUCAGCGCUGCGACUGCACAGAGCACGACCUGCCUAAAGACCGUACCAUAUCUCGGCUGCGGGGGGAGCUGCACCGCCUUCAGGAGGAGAUGAGGAAGUCGGAGGCAACUAAACAGCCCCAAAAACAGCCAGUCAAGCCCACCCAGCCCACCAUCUUUGUCAUCACCCCGACAUACGCGAGGCUGGUGCAGAAGGCUGAGCUGACUCGUCUAUCUCAGACCUUCCUCCAUGUUCCUCAGCUUCACUGGAUCGUGGUGGAGGACUCUCCACACAAGACGCCUCUGGUGUCAGACCUCCUGGUCAAGAGCGGCCUGACCUACACACACCUACACAUGCCCACCGCCAAGGACCGCAAACUGCAGGAGGGUGACCCCAGCUGGCUGAAGCCUCGUGGAGUGGAGCAGAGGAACGAGGGUCUCCGGUGGCUCAGAGAAGACAGAAGGGCUCAGCAGGGGGGAUACAACCAGCAGGGAGUGGUUUACUUCGCUGACGAUGAUAACACGUACAGCCUGCAGAUAUUUGAAGAGAUGAGGAGUACCCAGAGAGUGUCGGUGUGGCCAGUGGGGCUGGUUGGAGGGAUGAAGUAUGAGAGGCCUGUGGUGGAAGGAGGAAAGGUGAUACGUUUUCAUACUGGCUGGCGUCCCAGUCGCCCCUUUCCAAUGGACAUGGCUGGAUUUGCUGUGUCUCUCAAACUGGUCCUGGCCAAUCCAGAGGCUUGUUUUGAUGGAGAUGCACCAAUGGGUUUCCUGGAAAGCAGCUUCCUUCAGGGAUUGGUUACCAUGGACGAACUGGAGCCCAAAGCGGACAACUGCUCUAAAGUGCUGGUGUGGCACACAAGGACAGAGAAACCCAAGAUGAAGAGAGAGGACGCUCUGCAGGCUCAGGGACUGGGUUCAGAUCCGGCUGUGGAGGUCUGAGGAACACACACGCACACACACACACACACACACACACACACACACACACACACACACACACGGUGUCAAGCCUACUCUGCUGUUUAAUGCUGCAUAUGUAACUCUGCGUUGUAAAUAUUGUAAAAAAGAAAAUAUGGGUUAGAGGUGACGUUUAAAUUUACAUUGUUAUGACUGUAUUUUUUGUGUGUGUGUCAGCUAGUAAAUGUACACAAGUUUGUGUACUGAGUGAGUGUGUGUGUUGUUGCAACUGUACUGACUGUAUGUUAGUGUACAUAUCAGAGUCUCCGUUAGUUUUAGUGAGUUAGAUAAGUUUUCUUUGUCCAGCAGUAAAGAGGAUGAGGACUCUGGAGUUCAAGUAACUACCAGAGGGGGGUGCCAGUCUUAAAUUUUGCAGAGCCAUAUUGUUACAUGACCGGUCCAUUUUUGAUUAAAGCUGGAGUUAUUAUGCAUCAUUCGUAGAGUUUUACAUGUUUACGUGUGCUCAGUGGAAAUCCUGCGGUGUAACUCAUCCUUGAUAGCAGUUAGAUGUUUUUUAUGGCGAGCUCCUCCGGGUCUGGCUCAGCUUCCUGUCUCUGUUCCCUGUGAUGGUUGGCCAACUGGUUUGUACCCUAAUUCAUCAGUGCAGCCACCAACAUGUCGACUGAUUUCUGACUGAGAUACAGCAACAGAGCACUUUAUUCAUGCAUGGCUUCUGUUGCGUGAUUAGUAUAUGUGAGUCUGUAUUUUCAGCCGUAUAGAUGCUUAGAAUUCUUUUAACCAUUGCCAAAAAUGACAUCAUCAUCAUAGCAUGAUAAAAAUCUUUAUGCAACAUGUGUAAUCACAAUUUGCUGUCAAGAUAAUAGUAGAGUAGAGCAAAGAUAGUGCCAAUUUUUUUGACAGUAAACAUUCAUAACAAAAACAGCAGGUACAAAAUGCAUCAAAUAGUGAAAAAAGUCCUCCUAAAUAGUUGUUGCCUUGUAUUUAUCUCACUCUCAUACACUUGUGAUACAGACAACUGGUGCAACCUAGCAACACUGUGCUGCAGCAGUAACAAUAAUAAAUACAGAGAUGCAGAGGCUCCACACCAUGUGCAGUCGUAAAGGUAGAGCUCAGUGCGCAAAAUGCUGGUUAAAGCAUGACACCAGCUCUAACCAGUAUUUUCAUAUAUAUAUAUAUAUUUUUAGUGAUGCUUUUUAAAAAUCACAAGGUUUGUGGUAUCCUUUUAAAGCCACAAAUUAGAGAACAGCACUGCUGAAGCUCAUAUCAAUUCCCAAUAACAGAAUACAAAACACGCUGUCUGCGUUACGUUUCCACCCUUUGAUGGUCAGAAUAACACCUGAAUUUGCCUUUUAACAGGCAGGAAAUCCCUGAUACUUUACAUCAGGGAUAUUUCACAAUGUUUGAGAACAAAAAGCUUCAAAUAUAAACUGAGCUACUUAAACUGUGCUUGAUUAUCUGCCACAAAACUUCCUCAGAGAUUGGAUGAAUGAGGAGCAAAAUAACCCGAAAACUCAACAAGUGCUCCUCGGAUACUGUUGUAAGAUACUGUAAAAAAACAGCUAGUGCCUGCUUACGUGUAAUUAGUGCCUGUAAGUCAGUUCUCUACUGGUGUAUAAUGUAUUUAUUACUGUAAUCAAUUGUUCCUUACAUUGUACAAUGUGAUAAUGUCUAUCCCUGGACUUGACAAUAAACCUAGAUCAUA